AUGAAGCUCAACAUCCUCGCCCUCGCUCCCCUGGCCAUCGCUGCCCCAGUCCAAGAGCGCGCCGAAGCCAGCCUCGCCCAAGGUCGCGCCACUCUCAAGCCCAUUCCCGGCAUGACGGCCCGCGACAACACGCACGAGAAGCGCCUAAACUACGUUGGCGAGAAUGUGUCUUGCAUCUGGAACCUCCAGGACCCCGGAAAGAAGUGCUGGGAAGCAGGAUUCAGAUACUACUCCCAGUUUCCGGACCUCCCAUUGAUCUGCUGCUGGGAGCGCAUGUGGUAG